AGUUUGAAGAACAAUUUGUGUGGGUGAGUGUGUGUGCGUCUUGGCAGAAGCACGCGCAACUACUCCCUAUUACAACAACAAAAAAAAAGAGAAAAAGAACAUUAAUUAGAUCGCCACCAUCACGGCACGAUGGACUACAACGUGUCCACCGCGGCGGUCGUCCUCGACUGCGGGUCGUCGCACUCCCGCGCCGGCUUUGGCGGUGAGAAGGGCCCGCGGCUGGAUGUGCCGACCCUCGUGGGCUACCCACGGCACCGCGGCAUCGCCAUGGCGGCCGGGAUGAACGAGCAGGAGGUGGGCGAGGAGGCGCUGCUCAAGCAAGGCUCCCUCGACGUUCACCACCCCAUCCGCAACGGCUGCAUCGAGGACUGGGGCGACGUGGAGAAGCUGUGGAGUCACCUCUUCUUCAACGAACUGCGCGUGUCGCCGGAAACGCACUGCUUUUUGCUGACGGAGCCGGUCAACACGCCCGGCCCGCAGCGGGAGCGCACGUUAGAAAUUAUGAUGGAGACGUUUCGCGCCCACUCCCUUUACCUCGGCACGUCGCAGGUGCUGAGCCUGUACAGCUACGGCCUCACCACCGGUCUGGUGGUGGAUAGCGGCAAGGACAUCACGCGUGCCGUGCCGGUGCACGAGGGCUACGCGUUAGGUCGCCACGUCACGCAGAGCCCCGUCGCCGGUGCGGCCCUCACGCGCUACCUCGGGGAGUUGCUGCGGGCCCAAGGCUACGCCCUCGGCACGGCGAGCGAGCAGGAAGUGCUGAAUCAGGCGAAGGAGGAGCUGUGCUACGUGCAGUCGCCGAGCUUCGCGGCUACAGGCGUGGCAGCAGCGGCAGCAGCAACAGCCACGGAGAAGGCGUUGCAGCGAGACACCGACGAGACCUUCCGUCACAGCGCGCACGCGGCUCCGGACGGCGUAGGAGAGAUCGACGACUUUGUGCUCCCAGACGGGCAGCGCAUCCCCCUCGGCGCGGAGCGGCACCGAACCGCCGAGGUGCUCUUCAACUUCUCCCUCCUGUCCGAGAUGGAGAGCGGCGGCACGGAUAGGGGGCUGUACGAGCCGCGCUGCAAGGUGCGCACCGACAUCGGCGAGUUCUUCACCCCGUCGUUUGAAAAGGGGGUGAGUUGGCUGCCCUUCGCCGCCGUCAACAACUGCGAGCAUAGUCUGCAGCCGCAACUGUACGCAAACAUGGUCCUCGCCGGCGGCUCGCUGUCGUUUCCCGGGGCCCGGACGCGUCUGGAAACGGAGGUGCGCCAGCUCUACCGCGAGAGUCACCCUAGCGAGGCGGUGCUGCCGAUAAACGCGCGGGACAUGGCUUGUCGGGCCUACAGUGCGUGGCUUGGUGGCUCGAUGCUGGCGCAAACCGCCGUCUUUCAACACCUGGUCGUGUCGCGCAAGGAGUACGAGGAGGAAGGGGCGCGUGUGAUCCACUACAAGUCGCUCUGA